CGGGCGGAAGUGACCUGUCCGACGGCCGACCGGGCCACCAUGGCGGCCGCGGCCGCCUCCCCCGCGCUGAAGCGGCUGGAUCUGCGCGACCCCGCGGCGCUUUUCGAGACACAUGGAGCGGAGGAGAUCCGCGGGCUGGAGCGCCAGGUUCGGGCCGAGAUCGAGCACAAGAAGGAGGAGCUGCGGCAGAUGGUGGGCGAGCGGUACCGCGACCUGAUCGAGGCGGCCGACACCAUCGGCCAGAUGCGCCGCUGCGCCGAGGGGCUGGUGGACGCCGUGAAGGCCACCGACCUGUACUGCGCGCGUCUCCGCCAGGCCGGCUCGGCCGCGCCCCGGCCGCCGCGGGACCCGCAGCCGCAGCAGCCAUCCCAGGAGAAGUUCUACAGCAUGGCUGCCCAGAUCAAGCUCCUCUUAGAAAUUCCUGAGAAGAUCUGGAGCUCGAUGGAGGCCUCGCAGUAUCUCCACGCCACACAGCUCUACCUGCUCUGCUGUCACCUUCACAAUCUGCUCCAGCUGGAUUCUUCUGGUUCCCAAUGCAGCCCCGUCCUCUCCCGAUUCCCCAUACUCAUCCGGCAGGUGGCAGCUGCCAGCCACUUCCGGUCAACCAUUCUGCAUGAAAGCAAGAUGCUGCUCAAGUGCCAAGCCGUGUCUGACCAAGCUGUCGCUGAGGCCCUGUGCUCUGUGAUGCUCUUAGAAGAGAGUUCUCCUCGCCAGGCCCUCGCCGACUUCCUGUUGGCCAGAAAGGCAGCUAUUCAGAAACUUCUCAGCCAGCCACACCAUGGUGCUGGUAUCAAGGCUCAGAUUUGCUCACUAGUGGAGUUACUGGCCACUACUUUGAACCAAGCUCAUGCCCUUUUCUACACUUUGCCGGAAGGCCUGCUGCCAGAUCCAUCCCUGCCAUGUGGCCUGCUCUUCUCGACUCUGGAGACCAUCACAGGCCAGCAUCCUACCGGAAAGGGCAUCAGUGUUCUGCAAGAGGAGAUGAAGCUCUGCGGCUGGUUCAAACACCUGCCAGCGUCCGUGGUGGAGUUCCAGCCGGCGCUCCGCACCCUCGCACACCCCAUCAGCCAGGAGUACCUGCGGGACACGCUGCAGAAGUGGAUCCAUGUGUGUAAUGAAGACAUUAAAAACGGGAUCACCAACCUGCUUAAGUACGUGAAGAGCAUGAAGGCUCUCGCAGGCAUCCGGGACACCAUGUGGGAGCUUCUUAACAUGGAGUCCACCGCCCACAGCUGGACCGUGGUGUGCCGGCGGCUCCUGGAGAAGCCCCUCCUGUUCUGGGAGGACCUGAUGCAGCGGCUCUUCCUUGACCGAUUGCAGACUCUGACGAAAGAAGGCUUCGACUCCAUCUCCGCUAGUUCCAGAGAGCUCCUCGUUUCAGCUCUGCAGGAACUGGAAAGCAGCACCAGCAACGCCACCCCAAAUAAGCACAUCCACUUUGAGCAUAACAUGGCUCUCUUCCUCUGGUCCGAGAGCCCCAGUGACCUGCCUCCUGACGCCGCCUGGGUCAACGUGGCAAACCGGGGUCAGCUGGCUGGUAGUGGGCUCUCCAUGAAGGCUCAGGCUGUGAGCCCAUGUGUCCAGAACUUCUGUUCUGCCCUUGAUUCUAACCUGAAGGUUAAAUUGGAGGACCUCAUGGCUUACCUUCCCUCUGGUGACUCGUCACUUUCUAAGGAUGUCUCCCCCUCGCAAGCGAGGAGCUGUGCCUUUGACAGGUACGCGGAUGCUGGGACCGUGCAGGACAUGCUGCAGACCCACUCGGUGGCGUGCAUCCAGCACAUCACGGACUGCAUCCGGGUGGAGCUGCAGAGCAUUGAAGACAUUGUGCAAGGGCAGCAGGACGUCCUCAGUGGUGUCAAGCUGCACGCAGUCCUGUUCAUGGCCAGACUCUGCCAGUCCCUGGGAGAACUGUGUCCCCAUCUGAAGGAGUGCAUCUUGGGAAAAUCGGGGAGCUCCGAGAAACCAGCAAGGGAUUCUAGGGCUCUGAAAAAACAGGGAAAGGGGAAAACUCAGGAAAUAAUUCCUACACAGGCCAAGUGGCAGGAAGUAAAGGAACUCCUCCUCCAGCAGAGUGUGGUAGGCUACCGGAUCUGGAGCUCAGCGGUUGUGAAGGUUUUGGCUCAUGGAUUUGCCCAGUCAUUACUUUUAGAUGAUGCUGGCUCAGUGCUGGCUACGGCCACCAGCUGGGAUGAACUAGAAAUUCAGGAGGAAGCAGAGUCUGGCAACAGCAUCACAUCCAAGAUCCGACUCCCUGUCCAGCCAUCCUGGUACGUACAGUCCUUCCUGUUUAGCUUAUGCCAGGAAAUUAAUCGGGUUGGAGGCCAUGCCUUGCCAAAGGUGACACUGCAGGAGAUGCUGAAAAGCUGUAUGCUUCAAAUAGUAGCUGCCUAUGAGAAACUUCCAGAAGAAAAACAGAUGAAGAAGGAAGGUGCGUUUCCAAUGACCCAGAAUCGGGCACUGCAGCUGCUUUAUGAUCUGCGUUAUCUCAACAUCGUUCUGACCGCCAAGGGCGAAGAGGUGAAGAGCGGCCGCAGCAAGCAGGACUCCAGAUUUGAGAAAGUGGCUGACUACCUGGAAGGCCUCAUUGACCCGUUUGACCUGGAUGUUUUCACACCACAUCUCAAUAGCAACCUUAAUCGCCUGGUGCAACGAACUUCUGUUCUGUUUGGACUGGUUACUGGCCCAGAGAAUCAGUUCACCCCUAGGAGCAGUACAUUCAACUCCCAAGAACCCCAUAACAUCCUGCCACUGGCAUCGAGUCAGAUCAGGUUCGGACUUCUUCCACUGAGCAUGACAAGCACCCGAAAGACCAAAUCAACCAGCAGAAGCAUCGAAACCAAAGCCCAGUAGGCUGCCAUCCAUAAGCCUGCAGGAGUCCUCCUGGGCGGUCCCCCCGGCACUCUCCCGAGCAGAUGACCCGAUGCAGCCUGGCUCCUUGUUCAGACAGCUUGUCAGUGAGGAAGAAGACUCGUCUACACCUUCAUUAUUCAAACUUGGCUGGCUCUCUAGUAUGACUAAAUAACAUGGGAACAUAUCUAUCUCUUGCUAAAUAAAUACUACUGCAUUAUUUCUUCUAAA